AGCAGCAUCAUCAUCAUCAGCACCACCAACAGCAACAGCAACACAGCAGCCAUACCAUCCGAUGUAAAUACGUUUAUGUGCUACAAAUUGUGCGAUUACAUUAGAGUAGUUUUGUGUGCCGAUCGAAUCACACACAUCUCUUCAGUUGCUCAAGCCCGUCGAGAAAAAAAGUCCAUAGAAUCGUUUUUAGUUCUUAAACGUUGACAUCGUUUGUGUCAUCAAGCUCAAUUCAAUAUAAUUUAUUUAUCGUGCGCAACAGUUAUACUUUUUUGUUCUCAAAUUUUUUCUUUUUUUUUUGUGUAUAUCAACGUAUAAAAGCAAUUGAUUAUUAUACGAUAUUUUUGUUACAAAGCCAGGGAAAAAAGAAGAAGAACUUUUUUGUGCGCGCAUAUCAAGCAACUUCAUCAUCAAAAAUCAAACAGACAGACAUUUUGUGAACCAAACAGUAAGAGCUGAGAAAAACCUUUGACAUUGCCGAUUGUGAUCACGUCGUUAAAGAACGGAGGAAUUAAACAAAGAAUAACUUGACGAAAAAAAAAGAGUGCAAGUGUUUUUGGCAAGAUCGUGUACAUAGUCAAAUGCGUAAAUAGAAAAUUUGCAUUUUGUGACGAAAAUUUAUUUCCAUAUUCAUUAAGUGUAUGAAAGAGAGACAUAGCCAAACGAACGGAGUAAAAAGAAAACAACAAGGCGAAAAGAGAAAGACGCAAUCGAUCACAUUUUGGGGGAGAGAGAGACGCGGAAAAUUAAGUAUAGUGACUUGGAUACAAUAUAAAACACAAGAAUAAAUAAUUAAAGCGAACGAGCAAACAACGAAUAACAUUGACGUAUAAGUUUUUUUUUUCUGUUCUUGUUCAUAUAUUUAUGUGUGUGCAAAAUAAUAAUUGGAACGCGCGCAUCGAUACAAUAGCAACAGCAAGUUAGAAGCAGAUAGAAAAUAUUGAGAGCCUUCUUUGAACGAACGAACGAAGAAAAAAAAAACUCGAGAAAAAACAUACGAAUUUCGAAUUUUUCCGCAAUUUAAUCAAUAUGCCAUUGACGAUGCCACAAUCGGCACUUACAGCAGCACCACUACAAUCGCAAACCGAUUCAAUAAAUUCACACGAAAGUGCUUUCGUUCAGCAGUCUGUAUCUUCAACGGCCAUCAGUCCAGUACCAUCAUCGACAACAUCAACUUCAACUCCGACGCCAAAUCCAACGGUAAUGUCAUCGAUUCAACCAUCUGGUCUACUGUCACUCGACCAUUAUCGCUUUCAAUUGUACAAUUAUGCGAUGGCCGAACGAUUACGUUGUGCCCAAUAUUCGCAGCCAAUGCCACAAAUUUGUUCAAAUUAUCCGGCAGCAGCGGCAGCCGCUCUAAUGGGACCGUACGGUCCACGAUUGGCAUUGUCCAUGUCAUUGUUUCAUAAUCGGGUUUUUCAACCGGAAGAGCCAAAGCCACAGCAUAGUUACAUUGGUUUGAUUGCGAUCGCCAUUUUAAAUUCGCCCGAAUGCAAACUCGUUCUAUCGGAUAUUUACCAAUAUAUUUUAGACAAUUAUCCAUAUUUUCGAAGCCGAGGACCUGGUUGGCGUAAUAGUAUUCGUCAUAAUUUAUCGUUAAAUGAUUGUUUUGUGAAAGCCGGUCGUAGUGCAAAUGGUAAAGGUCAUUAUUGGUCAAUUCAUACGGCCAAUUUGGAGGAUUUUAAAAAAGGUGAUUUUCGUCGUCGUAAAGCACAACGAAAAGUUCGAAAGCAUAUGGGAUUAUCGGUGGAUGAUGACGGAACUGAUUCACCGUCACCACCACCACUCUCAAUAACACCGCCACCAAUUUCAACGGCAUUACAAUGGAUGAAUGCAAUUGGAAAUCACCAUGGCAUGUUUCAACCGGGCAUUCCUGAACAAAAUCGCAUCGGACCGAUUCAUCAUCAUCCGCAUCAUACACAACAUCAUAUAACCGCAACGACAAAAGUAUUUUCAACGGUAUCACAUCAUCGAUCAUCGGCACGUAAGCGACAAUUUGAUGUUGCCUCAUUGCUUGCACCCGACAAUCAUGACAUCGACGAAAAACCAAUUCGUACAAAAGUUCAAAUCCAACAAAUCACCCAUUGUGAUAUUGAAGAAGAUAUUGAUGUUGAAGAGAGCGAAGAAAGUGAUAAUAAUAAUCGGAGCAUCUUUGAUGCAGAACAAUUUCAUAGGCAACAUAAAUUACGUUUGUUUGUCGACGAUGAUACGGCAUCGAAUAACACAAAAUCCGAUAUAAAUCAACGAUCAAUUGGCGAAGAAACGGCAACAACCGAUUUGGCCGAAUACAAUGAAUCACAAGACGAUCAAACAAUGAUGAAAACGAAAAAAUGCACCCAAUACUCGAGCACACAACAUAUGUGCGACAUUGAAGAUGAAUCCAUUCAUUUACCAUACAAUUCAAUCAAUGACAACGAUCAUCAAUUGGAAGUUGCACCGAAAAUUCGACAACACUUGGAUUUGGCAAAUGCAUCAGCAGCAGCGGCGGCGGCGGCAGCAGCAGCCGGCACACCAACCAUUGAUCCACGCAUUUUGGUCAGUCGCUAUUAUGGUCAUCGUAUUGCAGCCAUCAAUUCGCAACAACAAUACAAUAAUGCACAUUAAUACCGCGAUUUGAAUACGAUCUACAUCGCUCAAUCACUUUAUAUCGUAUUCGCGUAAUUUUUUUUUUUUUUUCGAAAGAGAAAAAGAAAAACAAACUUCUAUAUUUGGCUGUCACUGUAUUGAGAAAAAUGAAGAAGGAGAAGAAGAAGAAGAAAAUGAAAACAACCUCAAAACCAUGGAUAUCAAAUGAAUAUCCGAAAUCAGGUCUAAUUUAGUUUAGGAAACGAAAAUAAUCGAAUUCAAGUUUAGUACGUCCGAAGGUUUUAACUAAUAAUGACUGGAACGACAUAUUAAGGUACAUCACAAACACACACACACACACACUUCAUGCUCGCUUCAUUUUUACUUUUCAUUCAACACUUUUUCAGUACUUUUUUCUUUAAUUUACUGUGCAAAAGAAUGUAGCUUUACUUUUUAUUUUGAUGCGAUCGAGACUGAGGAUGAGUUUUAUUGUUUUUGAUGUGGAAAUAAUCAUUGGGCCACAAAUAUGAAUCAUUGCAUUCGCACUGCAUUCGCUAUUGGUAUAAACCAUCUUCAUUUUGAUCGAAAAUAAUUAAAUGAAUUGUAAUUUUGUAAAUUCAGUGUUAAUUAAUGGCAUUCAAUAUGGAAUUAGUGUUUUGGUAUAAAUCCAUUUAUGGAUGCUCAAUUUGUGAAAUCCUUAAAAUAAACCAGUAGAAUUUUAACAAAAUAUAAAACUUUUUUCAAAAAAAAAUUAAUGUUUAUGUAAGAAAGUACACAGUUGUUGUAAGUACUCAAGUAAUUACGGGGAGAAUGGAUUUUUCUUCUCUUGUCCGCAGGGGCAAAAAUUCGUUGCUAAAAUAUAAAAUAACAAAAAAAAAUGUGUCAACC